CUCCCGCACGGCGAGUGCUGGAGCACGAGCUGCUGCUCGCUCGGUCAGGGCGCCCCCUCCCUCCGCCUCUCUCUUCCUCCUCCGCCGCCCGCCGCCACCGCCUCCUCCUCCACCAUUGUAUAAUGCUCCGAGCGCGCAGGCGGAGGACCGUGGAGUCUUAGCCCGGGUCUCGCCUGCUGCCCGCUCCCCGGCGCCACCCUCGGGCCCCCGGAGCGGGGGACUCCGCAUGGAGCGGGUGUAGCUUGAGGAGUGGGCGGAAACCCCUCCUGAUGCGUUAGUUCCCAGGUGGAGCUGCAUGUGAUAUAUGUUGGGUAAAGGAGGAAAACGGAAGUUUGAUGAGCAUGAAGAUGGGCUGGAAGGCAAAAUCGUGUCUCCCUCUGACGGUCCAUCUAAGGUGUCCUACACCUUACAGCGCCAGACUAUCUUCAACAUUUCCCUUAUGAAGCUCUACAACCACAGGCCCCUGACAGAGCCCAGCUUGCAGAAGACUGUUUUAAUUAACAACAUGUUGAGGCGGAUCCAGGAGGAACUCAAGCAGGAAGGCAGCCUGAGGCCCAUGUUCGCCCCCUCUUCUCAGCCAAGCGAUUCACUCAGCGACAGCUACCGAGAGACUCCGCCCGCCCUCAGCCACCCUGCAUCCCCGCCCACCCAUCCCUGCGACCUGGGAAGCACUACGCCCCUGGAGGCCUGCCUCACCCCAGCCUCGCUGCUCGAGGACGACGAUGACACUUUUUGCACUACCCAGGCCACGCCUGUGGUGCCCACCAAACUCUCGCCUCCAGCUCUCCUGCCGGAAAAGGACAGUUUCUCCUCGGCCUUAGACGAGAUCGAGGAGCUCUGUCCCACAUCUACCUCCACAGAGGCCACAGCAGCCACGACUGACAGCUUGAAAGGGAGCUCCAGUGAGCCCAGUGCCCCGAAACCCGAGGGCCUCCCUGAGGGCCGGACGGACGACCCGAAGCUGAUGGACUCUCUGCCCGGGAACUUUGAAAUAACCACGUCCACGGGGUUUCUGACAGACUUGACCCUGGAUGACAUCCUGUUUGCUGACAUUGACACGUCGAUGUAUGAUUUUGACCCCUGCACGUCCGCAUCCGGGACAGCCUCAAAAAUGGCCCCCGUGUCGGCUGAUGACCUCCUCAAGACUCUCGCCCCUUACAGCAGUCAGCCCGUUGCCCCGAGUCAGCCUUUCAAAAUGGACCUCACGGAACUGGACCACAUCAUGGAGGUGCUCGUGGGGUCCUAAGACCGAGGGGCCCGGUGACAUCCGUACCCACCCAGACCCCACAAGUGCUCCCACGGCCCCCACAACUCUCUGCACUGUGCAUGCACCCUGGCUUGCCUUUUUCAGAGAAAAAGAAAAUUUUACAAAAGGAUCACACUAGUUUUUGCUUUGAGCAGAGUUGGAGUGCCUUCAUCCAAGUAUGACCACUUUUAAUAUGCUUUUUUUGAGUGGUUCCUCAGAGACCUUCUACCCUGUUAUAGGAAGGAACACAUUUGAAGACAAUGCUGUUAUGAUGAAUGACAGACAAAUAGUCCAAGUGAAGCACAAGGAUUAAGUUGGGAAAGCUGUACAUUGCAUGUGCAUAUUUGUCUAUUUUUUCUAUAAGUUUUAUUGCAAGAGGUAAAAAAAAAGAAAAUAUAUAUAUAUAUAUUAUUUAGAUAAUCUCAGUACCUUUUCUGGCAUUUUCGCCCUGUAUAGGUUGACUUGGCAAUUCAGCCUUUUUAGAGGCAUUAACUACUCCUCGUAAGUGUUGCAUUUACAUGGCUGUUUAGAAACUGCUGCCCAAAUUUAUUUUAUAUUUUUGUACAGAUUCUGCAGUUUAUGAUAUUGUUUUUCUAAAAACAAAUGCUGUUUAUACAUAUGAGAUAGCUAUUUUGAUAGGAUUUGCUCACAUAGUUCCUGCAAACUUCAGAUGUACAAGUUGUACUUGUACUUUUAUAGAAUUGUAAUGUUUUAUAUGUGUAUGGUGCAAAGAGAAAAUUGGAUCAAAUCAAUCUGCAGUUGAUAUCCCCAAAUGCAGACACACACACACACACCGACCGCUUUAAGAAAGGGCCAGACGAUAUCACACCCACGCUUCACAAGCACUGACCCCCUGGUACAAACACCUGCCAGUACUGUGAUUCCCAAAGCCAGAGCCCGUCGGCUCAUCAGACUUGCAUUAAGCAGUUGGCGGGAGAUGGCUGUGGAGCUCGGGGGUUAAGUGAUGGCUCUCCUUAGCUUCCUCUUUUGAGCGGAAGGCUGCUGAGUGACUUGCUCAAGUGUGUAUGUAUGCCAAGUUUGCGCUUUUAAUUUUUUUUUUCCCCCUAAAUGAAACCCAAAUCUUUCUCUGUGGCAUAAUUUUUAUUAUGAUCUGAAAUUUUACAUCUGAACAAAAUUUUAUUAAAAGCAACCAACCUUUUCAUGGAACCUAAAGCCCUAUUGUAAUGCUCAGGGCUCUUAAAAAAGAAAGUCUCCCCAGAAGGCAUCCAUCAUGUUGCUGAAUUGUCUUUUCCAGCUCCCCUUCCCUGGAGCUUCUGUUCCCUCUGUUGCUAAGUGCUGAAAAUGGCGUCUCCACCAUCACCACAGUGAGCCCAGCUCACCUCCACCAGCCCAGGACACACUCUCGUUGUGAUAUCCGUGGCUCCCGAACCUGGAGCUUGUCACGUUCCAUCACAGCUUCCAACCUGGUUGCCUUCUUGAAUCAACUGCUUUAACUGCUUCACAUUUUACAAGGCCGUUUUACCCAGAUACACAGACAAGACUUUCUAUGCAUGUUCCUCUUCCCCGCCCCACCCCCAGGACACUUGAGAAGUAGCUUUUUAUUCCUAGUGGUGUACAUUUAAUUUUAAAACGUUUGCAAUGUAUCAUGCUUGUUGCCGAAAACUGUUUAUGGCCUUUUUGUUUCAGUUGUUUUCCUUUCUUCCAAUGGUACUUUAGCUGUUGAGUGCAGGUUAUAACCUAUAUUGUUGAAAUGCAGAUGGCUUCUUUAGAAAUAACUUUUAUAUUUAUUUAAAAAUUUUUUUUUUAAAUUAUGGGAUUUUGUUUUUGUUGUUGUUGUUUUUGUUGUUGGUCAUUUGUCAAUAUUCAGUCACCCAUUCUGCUCACUUCUUGCCAUGGAUAAAAUGGAGCCUUUCUGGCCAAUUAAAGAGACAACUUUAUAAAGUGGCACUUUAAACAAGCCAUAGGUAGUUUUAUUUUUAUAAUGCACAUGGCAGAGCAAAUACAUUUGUGAUGAAGGAACUGCUUGUCUAAGCAAAAGAUUUUGUGUGUGAUGUAAUUAAAUCUUUCUACGUUCUAAUUUACUUCUUUCCCACUUGAAUAUGUCUUAAAGGCUAAUUGUCAGCUCAGUAGAGCAGUGAGAACCUGAUCAGAUUGCGCUUGUCCUCCUGCAAGAAGCCUCCACACGACUCCUCUGUUGCUACAGAUGUGUUGUCUUCUCUGACGGGAUGAGGGACCACGUAGUUACGGUGACGGUUGUGGUAGAUGCAGCCAAUGUCACUGUGUCUGUCAGUUUUGAGGACUUUCCUUUCUUGUAGAGAACAAGUCUGCCCCAGACUCCCUGGUUUUGAUAACCGGAGGACACGGGAAUCUUGCCACAUGCUGCACACAAAUACAUGCACAAUAGUGUUGAUUAUCCCGAACAGUGACAUGGUAAAGCAGUUGAUUUACCAUUGUUACAGUAACUUAGAACUGUACUUUUGUUGGAUUAGCAAAUCGUGUGUUUAAACAAAUCCCAUAUGUUGGGCAACAGUUCAAAUAAGCAGAGAGAAGUGUUGCCUGAAAGUGGUUCUCUGACUCUCUUGUAUUUGUAAGGCUGGGCUGCAAAAUCAAAACAAAAACCCCAACAACAGCAGGCAAAUGCUUUUUUAAACCCUGGACACCCUUGCUGUAAAUUCUUGCUAUUCAGAGUCUCACGAGGAAGACCUGGGGAAUGAGUGGGCCCAUUUUCAAAAAGAGCAAAACCAUCAAGUGUUGAAAUUAUCUUGUGUCUUAUUUUCAUAGAGUGAUGUCCCAACAGGAGAGAGCCUGCGCCCCAGUGUGGUCUCCAAGUCCCCAUUGGACUGGGGGAUGUGCUUCCAGACCCCACUUGGCGGCAGUGCCUUCCUCCCCUUUGUAAGGGACGUCACGUGGCACCUAGAGCCGAGCAGGCAGUCUGAGGUGCCUUUAUGAGAAAGACAGGCUGGGGCUGGGAGGGCCGAUGAUUGACAGUGAUGUGCAAUGAAGUGACAAGAUGAGAGCAGAAUAAUAAGAGCUUUGAAUUUGAAGUGAUUUUUUUUUCCCCAUAAGUUAUUUAUUCCUUUUUUUUUCUGUGUAAAUAUAUUUAUUGUACUGUGGAGCUCUAACAACAUCUGGGUUGUAACGUGCAGAAUGUACGGUAGGAAUGUAUUCUCUUGUAGGAAUGUAAAUUUGUAUUAAAAAAGGGGUCCAAGCCAGACCCCUGGGUCUUCUUGUAUGCACAGUCCACAUUAUUUUUACUCUUUUCUCUACUAUGGGUCUAUUUGAAAUAUGCAAAAGGUAUGGAUGAGGAAUGUUUCAAUACCUCCAAAUUUUUAAGAAAAUCAAGCAUCAAAAGGUUGAUAUUUUUAAAGUUUUUUUAGUAGCACUUUCUCUUUUAUGACAGAAGGGGCAACCACACCUACACCCUCACUCAUACCAAAGAGUGAGAACUAGCCAGAGCCUCCAGUACACCUCAAGGGUCUUUAUCAAUUGAGCUUUUUAUCGCCAUAGCCCCUUGGAGCGCCCCAACUGCCCUGAGGUCAGUCAAGGAAAUUUUCUUAAAUAAAUAAAAUCCAGAGAGCCAAAGUAUCAACUUACGGAUCGUUUUUAAAGCUUAAAUUUAUUAGCCACCUUUGUGGUACACAAUGAAUUAUGAAUACCGCAGGGCGGCCUUCUUAAAUGACAGAUGUAAAAAAAAAAAAAACAAGAGACUCGACUCUGUGCAGCGAUUGUUACUCUACUAUCUAUUAAUUGUCUUAAUUUCAAAACCUUGCUGUUGCAAAUUGGACCUUUCUACGUUUUCCAAGAGCCUUGGAAAGAGCCUGUCUCACCUGCCUGGCUGUGUGGGUGGUUAGCGCGCCGUAACCGCUGCGCACCUCACUGGCAGAGAGGUGUGUAUGGUUCUGCCUGUGUACAGUUGCCAUCAGUACUUCUAAGAAUGAGUCUUAAUGGUUCUUGAAGAUGAACUGGGAUCACAUGCUAUUGCAAGCAAAGCCAAUAGAAUUUUUGGACUUCCUUUGGAGAUAGUAAAUUCAGAAGAGAAGUGCAGUCUGUACAUGCAAACAACCAUGAUUUUGGAAAAGCUGUAAAUAGUGACAUGUUUGGUGCAUGGUUUUUGAGGAGGGCUUUUUGUCAAAAAAGAGGUGUAACCUUUUCCCCCACAGACCUGAGAGCUGUGCCUUUUCUAUGCAAUAUUACAGACAUUACAUCGGAACCCAGAUGGCUGUAUUCACAUGUAGGUUUGGGCUGUAAUCUAAAUAAUUGGACAGAUUAAAUGUACAUGGAAAUGAGCAGUCUUACUUUUGUAGUUUUAUAUUAUACAAUAAACAGUUAAAAGAUGA